GGCACAUAAGCAAGCAGUGCCUCCAAUAUGGAAGAAGAAGCCAUCUCACCAGCAACCGUGGAAAGAAUUCAAAAGACGAUCUCAAGCCUCCCUACGGACAAUGGCUGGAAACAUCCACUUCCUUUCUACUUCUACCAAGGCUUUUGGUCCUCCCAAUUGUACUUAGAAGGUAUCAUUCUGGCACAAGAACUCUUCCAGGCUGAACCAAGUGAUAUCUUCAUUUGCAGCCCUCCUAAGAGUGGCACCACUUGGAUUAAGGCUCUAACCUUCGCCAUUGUGACUCGAACUCGUUUUGAAAAUUCCACAAAUCCUUUGCUUUCCAAGACUCCCCAUGAUAUUCUCCCUUUCUAUGAGAGAAUUUUUUCCAAGCGCUGGCCACAGAUACUCAGCCAGGGAUACCCCUCAUUGCUACCCACACUCCUUACUCAUGCUUGCCAAAAUCUACUUGUGGAACAUGAACCUUUAUCCCUUGACGAGGCAUUCGAGAUAUUUUGCGAAGGGAAGUCGCCAUUUGGACCAUAUUGGAACCAUGUUUUAGGAUAUUGGAAGGCAAGUUUGGAACGACCAAAGAAGGUAUUGUUCCUCAAAUAUGAAGAUAUGAUGAAAGAUAGUGCCCUUGAUGUGAAAAAGAUGGCAGAGUUUGUCGGAUAUCCUUUUUCUCUUGAGGAGGAAGAAGAAGGGAUGGUGGAGAAAAUAGUAGAGAUGUGUAGUUUCGAGUUUCUAAGCAAUUUGGAAGUGAACAAAAAAGGAACGGUGGAGAGCUUAUUAAAGAGACAAAACAAUUUCUUCUUUCGGAAAGGCACGGUUGGGGAUUGGAAGAAUUAUCUUACACUUGAGAUGGCAGAUCGUCUCAACAAGAUAAUGGAGCAAAAAUUAAGUGGCUCUGGCUUGACCUUGAACGCCUCCUGAUCUUCAUGCUUGCAUGGAUCAUAAAGACUUAAUUACCUUUUGCUUCCUGUACUGAUUAGCAAACUAGCGUUUGUAAUCAAGUUAAUAAGCAGCAAACGUUUUAGUAUUUGUGAAUUUGGUCUUGGAAUUGUAAGUUUUGGUAACUGGAAUUCUGAUUUUGAACAUUGUAUCCUAAAACCAAGCAAUUAAUAAAAUUGAAUGCGUAUU